CCAGACCCUGGGUAUCCUGGUUGGAUAUGGGAAAGGGACAUUGUGUCUCCAUUUCUUCUGCAGGAUGGAUUCGUUACAGAGGCAGGAUCUCCGGCGUCCCAAGAUCCACAGGAUCCCCCGAGCCAGCAUUCGGUGUCUCCAUGCUUACCAGACCCCUACCCUGGCUGACCUGCAGCGACUCCUUUUGGAACACAGAUCCUCCCUGGGCCACGUCAACGAAGUGUGGCCCAAACUCUACCUGGGAGAUGCGUACACUGCGAGGGACAAAAGAAAGCUCUCUCAGCUGGGCAUCACCCACAUCUUGAACGUGGCGGCGGGCAGGUACCACGUAGACACAGGGCCCAGAUAUUACCAGGAGAUGGCUGUGGAUUACUACGGGAUCGAAGCAGACGACAGCCCAUAUUUUGACCUCAGCCCCUACUUUCAUCCCGCUGCUCGCUAUAUCCGCGCUGCGCUGAACACCUCGCGAGGACGGGUCUUCGUGCACUGCGCGAUGGGGGUGAGCCGCUCGGCCACGCUGGUCCUGGCCUUCCUCAUGAUCUGCGAGAACAUGACACUGCUGGACGCCAUCCGGGCGGUGCGCACCCACAGAGGCAUCUGUCCCAACUCGGGCUUUCUCCGGCAGCUUCAGGUGCUAGACCGCCGGUUACUGCAGGAGACUGGGAGACUGUGACGGUGGGCCCCCCCAGAAGGAAACCAAGUCAAGCGCCUAGGCCCUGAAGGACGAUGCGGGGACUCACCAUUGGCAGGACCGAGAGAUGUACAUAGCCACCAACAGAGUUGCUGCUGCCGCUGCUUGAAUGUGAGAUAGAUUUAGCCGGUGGAAAUGCCACAGAAAUAACAUACAUUUGACUGUAACCUGUAAUAGGGAGAUCAUUAGGCAAAAGCAACUAUUCCAGAUCUUGGGGUAUUUUUGAUGCUUUUUUUAAUGUGACGUGGCGGAAGCAAUGUGCAGUUCUCUCACUGCUCCUCUGUUCUUUCACCAUGACCCCAGCCCACCGCCUCAUUCUUCCUAUAGAUGGGCGGGCGACACCUGUGCAAGAUUAACAGUCUGCUUCCUCCCAUUUGCCCAAAUGGACCCCUCCCAUUCUUUGUCCCUGCUCAGACGGGUCACAGCACUUCUGGGAAUUCUUCGUAGACUAGUUCAUAUCGUGACAUUACUGAGAAGCAGCAUGGCCUAGUGGAUAGAGCAUGGGCUUGUGA